CAGUUUAGGCUUAUGUUACAACCAUUACUAGCAUGUUGAGGCAUACUUUGCUGAGAGCUGACAGAAUCUCCAUCCAAUUUGCUCUCUGACCUAGCUCAGUCAGGUUUGCAUCUGCAAUGUCUCAAAGUUGGGAGAGAUUAUUUUGUAGCCAUUUAAUGAGGCUCCCUAACAUUCACCUAAAUGCUGCCCACAUACUUGGUGCUGGAGUCUGGAUCUCCCCACAGCUAGCCACAGAGAAAGGUGAAAUGACAACUUCAGACAACUUGGACAUGGUAAAAAACAACUCCUGGCUGAAAUUACACUCUCUUGAAAGACUAAUGGAACUAUUUUGGUGCUUUUUUGCAAUUCUGUGAUAUCCCAAAUUCCCACUGAAGCAAAGCUACCAAAGAUGCAAAAAACCACUCCUCUAAUGCAUUCUCUCAUAGUUCUCUGGCUUAAUACAGGCAUGCUACUAUUCUGGGCAAACAAAGGGGAAUCCCUGAUAUGUGAAAUCUGCAGUGGUGCUGAAACGACAUGUGCCAAUGAGACACAAAACUGCCUGCCAGUUUUAAACAAAUGUGCCACCCUUCAAUCAGAGAGCAUAGUGACUGAACAGGAAACACAGCUUGAGUCUCUUGAGGUGAUGCAUAUCACAAAUAAGCUAUGCAUUCAUUCCAAAGAUUGCAAUGAAGACCUCACCGUUGUGAACAUGGGCAAAGGAGGAGUCAUGUCGACCAAGCUUUCCUGCUGUGCUGGCAUCCUCUGCAAUCAAAAAGUUCUUCCUUUGCCACCUAUAAACAGAACAUUAAAUGGAAAGGAAUGCAAAGGUUGCUUUGGUUUGCAUAAAACCAGUUGCCAGCAGGAAGAGGUUGUUCAUUGUACUGGAGAACAGAUGUACUGUGUUGAACUAUAUGGAACUGCAUCAAUUAGAAAUCCUGGAACCAUUGAAGCUGCUGGUCAAAGAAUUCCAAAGACAGAGAUUGCCCUUAAAGGCUGUGCAAGCGAGACAUUCUGUGAUGCUUUUCAUAAGGGUUGGGUCCAUGUGUCGACACUUGUUGUAAUUGCAGAAGGAGAUUGCUGGCUUGCCGCUGAUAGGGGUGGUACCACACCUUUGAGGAUUGGAGGGGCAUUUCUUCUGGGCCUCCUGCUUAUGAAGAUCCUUAUUUGAUUUUUCCGCAGCACAAAGGUGGCGUAAUCCUACUGGGGCAGUUCUCCUUUUCACUUGUUGAUGACUCUAUGUUCAUGUAUGGAACACAGACUUUAGAAAAAAGUAAAUAGAUUUCUCUGUGUA